AAAUUCCAGGCGGAUUUUGAAAUUUGAAAACCUUCAGGUUCAAAUUGUAGCUUCAUUCAUGGCGUCCUCCGUGGAACAAUUUUCUUCGCGGCGAAAUGAUGAACAAUCGGAGUUUAGUUUGAAAGAGUGGGAUCUUAAAGCUCGAAUCCGCCCUGAAAACACUGUUUCGAGAAGAUAUUCAGGUUCAUAUCUCGGAAAUUCUAGAGAAAUUACAAGUUCGUUCCGAUCCAACUUCACCAUUUCCAGCGCUACGUCGUCUCCGGGGUGGUCAUUCAAAGAUGGCUUCGAUCCUUCAACUUAUUCAUUCACUACAGCUCUUAAAGCAUUACAGGCUCGGUCAUUGUAUAAUAGCUUGGAAUGCUCACCGGAAGGGUUUGCUUUAAACUCCAAGUGGAAUGAAGCUGAGAAAUACAUUUGCAAUCCUCUUUCGGGAGAGUUCCCAAUGGAAUGUUUGUCUGCAAAAACACUGAGUGGAAGAUCAUUUCGCAAAUUAACAAACAAAAUCACCGUUUCUACUCCUCUGGUUUACCCCUCAAGAACACUUCAGGAAGACAUUGCUCACUUCCCUAUUCCAGAAACGACAGCUGAGGGAUUGACUAGAGAGGCUGGAACUCAAAGUAAUCCACAGGAUCCCAGUUCUGGUAGUCCUAGCACCGUUUCAACCCCUCCGAUUGUAGAGAGAGCAUUGAACCGAUCAGAACCCGAGAGUGGAGAUUCCCCAAUAUCUAACACACAAACAAAAUCCCAUGAGCAGGUUGAAGUGAAGGUAACAAAAGAGGAGAAAGAAGAAGCAAACAUAGAUAAGGAAGAUGACAGGAUCCCUAUAAGAGAAAAAGAUGAAGAAAUGAACCGCAAUUGCUUAUCACGGGUGAGAAAAAUGCAGAGAAACAAACACAAAUUUACUAGGAAAAUUAUAUGUUUUCCUCAUCUUAAAGGGUGCUACAGAUGGUGAAUACAUAUUUAUCAGUUGGGAUUUACUUAUAUU